UCUAAUCACGCUUUCGCCGGGAAACAUGGCUCUUAAUAGGCUGCCUCCUUGCUCUGCGGCAUGGAACGGAACUCCUGAGCGCAUGCGCGUAACCACAGCCAUGAGCGAGUCUUCAUCCGUCCGCAGCGAAAAACUCCGCAGUCUUGCGCGCGACAUCUCUGAACUCGGCCAGGACGCAGCCAACACUCGACAUGACGCUCUUGAUUCUGCAGAGGAGUCUGGGAAGCCAGUUCCUCGCACCACAGGAGGAUUGUGUUUUGCAGAUGGUCACAGAAGAGUGGACUAUGUACUUGUUUAUCACUACAAGAGGCGCCAUUUCAUUGUGUCCAAUGGCAACUUGCCCUCACCGAGCUCCACCACUUUGCACAAGAACACACAGGCAGAGGUAACCGAGGUGGAGCUACAGGCAGGCCUGGAUUCAGGGCCUUGGGAAGAAGAAAAGGCCCUGAUCAGGGAGGAGUUUGAAAGAGGCUUGCUGGAGGAGGGCCUGGAGAUUGAACGUGACGAUGAGGUGCGGACAAUGCGGUUUACACGCCUGCAUGCCCCCUGGUCUGCUAGUCGUGAGGCGGAGCUCCUUAAGAUCAAAGUUCCCACUAAGAAAGGCUCUCUGUGUUUCUUAUUAGCGACUCCCUUUGUCUGGCUUUACAGGCGUAUGAGCUUGAAGGAGAGGACAGGGCUUGCAGGAGCAGUCAGCUCCAUCUGGGCGAAGAUCAGUCAGCCGUUUCAGCGGGGGUGCCAGGACCCAAAGCAGCCACAGGCCUGGGUCCUCUCCCUCCCUUUCAGCAGAGAGAAGCUCCAUCUGUUUGACAUCAAGUCGAAAAACUCCCUGUUUGACAAUGCAACACGUGGCCGUAUUGUGGCUGCUAUCCUGAGACGGACAGCCUGUACACAGACAUGUCAAGUCUUAGGCAUCAUGUCUUUACUGGCUAAAGGAGUCUAUGACUCAGCCUUUCCCUUGCAUGAUGGGGAUUUCAGUAGCUCAGAUGAGAAAGUGCAUCGCAAUGACAGACAGAGGUUGCAUGAAGAAUGGGCCAAUUAUAGAGUGUUCCUCAAAUACCAACCACUUGAGCUCAUCAGGAAAUACUUUGGGGAGAAGAUUGGUCUGUAUUUUGCCUGGUUGGGUGUGUAUACUCAACUAUUAAUUCCACCCUCAGCAAUGGGAAUUAUGGUGUUCCUGUAUGGCUGGCUAACUGUAGACAGCAAUGUGCCCCAGGAGAUGUGUGAUGGGCACCUGAACUUCACCAUGUGUCCCCUGUGUGAUCGAGUGUGCGAUUACUGGCAGCUGAAUAGCACGUGUGGCACAGCGCGUGCCAGCUAUUUCUUUGACAACCACGCCACUGUGGCCUUUGCCAUCUUUAUGUCCCUAUGGGCUGCUGUGUUUCUCGAGCACUGGAAGAGAAGACAGAGGUGUCUGCAGCACAGUUGGGAUCUGACAGGCUUGGAGGAAGAGGAGGUGAGUGAUGAACUCCGUCCUGCGUAUGAGGAUUUUCUUCUUAAAAAACAUCAAAAAUGCAAGAACAAAAAGAAAGAGGAGAUGGAUGGGAGAACAGAUGACAUAGGCAGGGAGAAGCUACUGUCUGCUAAAGGAGGCCAGCCAAUGCUUGCCUCAGAAUCUCUUACAUGGAAGGACCCGAUUGCCAGGAUAUGCAUCAAUAUGUCCUCAAUACUUCUCAUGGUUGGUAUUUUGACAUUUUCAGCAGCGUCUGGUGUUAUUCUUUACCGUAUCAUUGUUUUUGUUGUGAUGUCAACGAAUCCCGACCCUGAGGCCAAGGCCAAUGUACGAGUUACUGUGACAACCACUGCUGUCAUCAUCAACCUGCUGGUGGUUUUGGUGUUGGAUGAGAUUUACGGUGCUGUGGCAGCCUGGAUCACAGAACUGGAGAUCCCAAAGGACCGAGCAGCAUUCGAGGAGCACCUGAUCCUGAAGGCUUUUCUGCUCAAGAGCAUGAAUGCCUUUGCUCCAGUCUUCUAUGUUGCUUUCUUCAAGGGCAGGUUUGCAGGGCGUCCUGGUGACUAUGUGUAUGUCUUUGGAGAUUUCCGCAUGGAGGAGUGUGCUCCAGGAGGCUGUCUUAUUGAAGUGUGUAUUCAGCUUGGCAUAAUCAUGCUGGGAAAGCAACUCAUUCAGAACAAUGUGUUUGAAAUCGCCGUCCCGAAGCUGAAGAAGAUGUAUCGCUCAUAUAAAGAGGAGAAGGAAGGUGGGGAGAAGAAGAACAAGGAUCUGAAUCGUCCACGUCACCGCUGGGUUUUAGAUUACGAGCUGGAGCCAUUUGAGGGCCUGAGCCCAGAGUACAUGGAGAUGAUUAUCCAGUAUGGAUUUGUGACUCUAUUUGUGGCAUCUUUCCCAUUGGCUCCCCUCUUUGCUCUGCUCAAUAAUGUCAUUGAGAUUCGCCUCGAUGCUGCAAAAUUUGUCACUGAAAUACGGAGGCCGGAUGCUAUCAGAGCAAAGGAGAUCGGUAGGACUCUGGUCAAACAGAUUGUGUAUAUGUACAAUAUCCUGAGUGGGAUAAGCAAGUUUGCUGUGAUCACAAAUGCAUUUGUUAUAUCCUUCACAUCAGAGUUCAUUCCUCGAAUGGUGUAUCAAUAUAUGUACAGUGAAACAGGCACCAUGCAUGGAUAUAUAGACCACACAUUAGCAUACUUCAACACCACUAACUUCAAACAAGGAACAGCACCCAACAGCACACGCUUUGACCGAGAACUGCGUGUCUGCAGGUAUAAAGAUUAUCGAGACCCUCCCUGGUCCCCUGAGUCUUAUCAACUUUCUAAGCAGUACUGGUCUGUCCUAGCUGCUAGACUGGCUUUUGUCAUCUUUUUCCAGAACCUUGCCAUGCUCCUCAGUAUGCUGGUGGCUUGGCUGAUCCCAGAUGUGCCCCAGUCACUGAAGGAACGGCUGAAGUUGGAGAAGGUCCUGCUGCUGGAGCUCCUCCUUAGUGAGGAGGCAGCCAAGCAGCGCCGUGUGUCCCAGUGCCCUGCUGACUUCAGCAUCAGCAUUAAGAGUCCUUGGGAGGAGGAGGAGGAGGAAGAGGAGGAGGAGGAGAAGGAGGAGGAGGAGGAGGAGGAGGAGGAGAAGGAGGAAGUCACUGGUGCACAAAGCCAGAUGACUGAGAGGCUGAAUGAGCCUGGAGAGAGUAAACUCCAGCUGCCUGUGGAGAAACCUGUAGCCAUCACCACUGAGCUCCCGAGCCCUGAUGCAGACUCACCCAUUGAGAUGCCCAGCAGUCCACAGUGGCCCAUCAAACCAAACAUACCAUCAGCUCAACUUAAUCAAUCUAUUCCUCAUCUUCCAGUAAAUCCAGAGCCGUAUGGGUCCUGCUACCGAGAGUUUGACCUGGAUGGGCCUCCACCUUGGGAACCAAGGUCCAAAUUUAAGAGCCGCUGUCGGACCCUUCCAUCCAGACAAAGAGCGACGGAACCUGAGGACAGAGCAGGCAGAGCCAGCCACUCCACUAGCUAUGUAUACCUCAGCUACAAGGAUACCCUAUUACCCAGUAAGUUCUUACAUAACAUGUCAAGACUACCAUCAGAACCCUCAUCUAAAACAGAGCUCUCAGCCAGUCAUUCAUGCUCCUCAUCUAACACAGAGCUCUCAGUCUGCCAACAAGCAGCUUUACAACACCUUCUGUCCAAAGAGGAAAUCACAAGCAGUCAAACAUCAGUGGCACGUUCACCUUUCAAACCAGAGUUUACUGUCAGCCAAUCAACAGCACUGCCACGCCCUCAGUCCAGACUGGAGCUCACAGGUAGUCAAUCAACUACUCUACCAAGACCCCCAUCCAAGCCUGAGCUGAUGGGAAGUGUAGCAAAAGGACUUUCAAUCCAAAAUACAACCAUCAGAGCCAAGGCCCGCUGUCAGACUCUUCCCCCUAGACAAACAGGACCUGAUGCUGGGGGACGUUCACCUAGCGCAAGCCACUCCACCAGCUUCCCACAUCUCAGCCAAAAGAUUCCUCUCUCACCUAGUGAGUUGACACGCAACACCCCAGUGUAAAUGUAAUUGGAUAAAACAAACUCUUCCCCUCCCCUCCAACAGCUCU